UCAUCUCCGAUUGUUCCUCUUACAAAGCACUGCACUGAAAUCCAUGCUAUCAUUAUGGCCGAGGCUAAUUCGUUGUGUCACGGAAUACGACUCAAGAAACAAGGACUCAUGUAACUCAUAUCACAUGCCUAACUCUGGUCAAAUCACCCCAACAUUACUAUCUAUUUUUUUAAAAGAGCUGACCUCAAUCAAAACUCUUCAUUCCAUUGCUGCUUCGAAUCAGCUAUGCCAACAAUCCAAAACAUAACAUUUUCCAAUUAAUUUACAAACCAAGCUGAUUCCUAACAAAAGCUGAAGAAUCUUGGAACUAAAUAACUGAUUAGAAAAGCUAGUAAUCUAUUACUAAAUACAAUGAUAUUAUUUCUAUUCAUUCAUGAAACUAUGAUUCAGACCCGGUUGUCGGUAAACACGAAAAUAAAAUAAAAACUGAGUUGAAACAUUUAUAUAAAAAAGUUAAGGUCAGAUUCCAAAGAUAAUAAGAAGAUGUAAGAAACUGUUCUAUAUAUUGUUUGAAUACAUAAGUGCAGAGAGAACCAAUGUUUUCAUGCAGCAUUUCCUUGUGGUAGAUACAGGUGGCCUAAAAACGUAUUUUCGGUUCAUUUUCCAUGUUUCAGCUACGCAACAUCUUGUAAUCGGACAGAAAAAUUCGCUUUCGCCUUUUUCAAAUUAUGAAAUUCUCAAUAGAAUGAGAUCAUCCGGAACUCUCUAUUUAAAACUAGCUGGCCCGGUGAACUUCGUACCGCCGAAUCUGAGACUCGUGCGAGUGAGAGCCACAAGCGCUACAACAAAAAAUUCAAAUUUCUCCGCUAGCCACGGAACAACACGUGCUCCCACAUCGUUAUCAACAUCAUUCAGAUUUCAUUUUCUCACCUCACAACUCGGCUUCUCACCUCAUAACCAGUUUAGCUCUCGUCGAGGCAACAUACCUGAGAGGUUAACGAGCAAUCUGAAAAGGAAGCAUAGUCGGUAUCUACACCUGUGCGUCUACAGUCGAGGAGAUACCUGUCAUUCAUGCAGCAUCAACCAGCACAUAAUCUAACAUCACCAUCAUGCCGAGGGAAAGAAGAGUACAUGGCGUCAAUUCUGCAGCGGUCCGCCAUCACAUAACCAUCAAUGAUCCCGAGGAAAUCAGUAUCAAAAACGUGCUCGAGAGAUCGAAACUGCACGUUUUCGAAAUAAUUAGGGAGCACGCAGCACGCCAUGAUGCCAAUGUGAAAUGGUUCAUAGUGUUGAAUGUUUUGUUGUAUAAAUUAGUGGUGAUGGAUGAUGAGGUUAGUGAGACUGUCUCAUCUCUAAUAAAUCUUCAUAGUUACUCCAACAUAGCGCUAAACGCGCUUGAGAAUUAUGAAGAUUUUAACGAUCAUUUCAUGUUGGCCAUGAGAAAAAUCCUGUCAUCUUUUGACAACUUUGUUUGACAUGGCAGUGGUUGGGUUUUGAAGAAAAUUGAGUCACUGGAUGUGAACGUGAUUAAAUUUAAUCCAAUAUUCACAUCCAGUUUCAUUCAAA